AUGUCCUCCACUAAUCACACUCAGUUAAAUACCACCUUAGAUGUGCAGCGUCAGGGAAUCCUAGGAGUGGUGUUUUUUUCCACUGUGACGACUUUGCCAUGCUGUGUGUUUCUUUUCAUCAAUGUGACAAUGCUGUAUACGUUGAGGAGUAAAGAGGUGUUUCGAGAGACCUCUCGUUAUAUUCUACUGUUUAACCUUCUGUUUUCAGACACCGUCCAGCUGGCACAUAGUCAAUCAAUGCUUUUACUGUCUACCUCUAGAGUAACGAUGCUGUAUUCUGUAUGUGUGGGCUUGACUGUUCUCAACAAUCUGACACAUAGCGUUUCUGUUAUCACACUGGUGGUUAUGUGUCUAGAGAGAUACAUAGCUGUGUGCUUUCCAUUCAGACACAGUGUGUUAAUCACCACAAAAAACACAGGAGUGGUUAUUUGUAUCACCUGGUGUUUCAGUUCACUAAAAGACAUUAUGCAGAUGAUUCUAGCUUUAAAAAUGUUUUUACACAAUGUAAGCCCAGUCCAGAUGCAAGAUUUCUGUGGUAAAGACAAUGUGUUUGUUGAUCCAGCUUCUCUUAUUUUUAACAGAGCUUUCACUUACUUUCUGUUUGUAUUAGGUGGUGUAGCUGUUGUUUUCUCCUAUAUUGGUAUCAUUGUAGCAGCUCGCUCGGCCUCCACAGACAAAGCUUCAGCCAACAAGGCGCGAAGGACUCUGCUGCUGCAUCUGCUGCAGCUGGGCCUCACACUGUCCUCCACGAUACACAACUCAUUGCUCAUAGUUAUCUCAAAUAAUCUAGACAGGGUGCAAUCUGCGAACAUGCAGAUUGUCCUUUAUGUUUGUGGUAUUGUCCUUCCUAAAUGCCUGAGCUCCCUUAUAUACGGCCUCAGAGACCAGACUAUUAGACCUGUUCUUAUGGUGAACCUCACCUGUCAGUGGAGAGGCUCAGCUUUCAUUUCCAACGUCCAAGCUAAACAUAAAAUCAAAGUACCUGUAAAGCAACUGAUUUAA